ACUCGUGCGGCCCCGUUCUGCAGGUUUUGCUUUCCCCUUCUCCCUCCUCACGAGCUAUCGGAGAAUCGCUGCCCCAAUUCGAGGAAAGCUACUUUGGCAAUCUAGUCAUGUCAGCACCAAAAGAUUUACUCUCAUAUGCUUCACUUACUAAGCUGGGUAAACAGAGCCAUUAUGAUGAGGAUUUCGAUUCUGAAUUUUGGGGCACCCCUCAAAAGAAAGCUGAGCCAUCACAACCAACAUCCUUAAGGCAAGAUCCUUAUCAGGUAUCAGCUGAGCCCAACUAUGCUGAUGGAUAUGAUUCCGCCGAAGAGUAUUGCACUUCUUUUCCUUCCAAAACUCAACCGGAGGUGAACUUGAAGAAUGUUUUGGGUGGGUUAGUUGCCAUUCUCACUGGCAGGAAUAAGAACAAUGGUGGCACCCAAACUCCACCGAGUUCUAGCUCAAAUAUGUCAUUCUUGGGAUCUGGAAAUGAUGGAGACAGCUUCUUGCAUCCAUCGGUGUAUAUACCUAGCGCUCCGCCAUUGCUAGAAGCAGAAGCUAUUAACUAUAGUACGUAUAGAUCAGUACUAGAAGCCGAACCACCAGAGUGGCUUCCAGAUAGCUACACUACUAUCUGCAUGCAGUGCUCUGCUCCUUUCAGUGCUGUUACACGUGGAAGACACCAUUGCCGAUUUUGCGGAGGCAUAUUUUGUAGAGCAUGCACAAAGGGGAGGUCUUUGUUGCCGGUGAAGUUUCAGCAGCGGGACCCUCAGAGAGUGUGUGAUGCUUGCUAUGAUAGGUUAGAUCCUCUGCAGGGGUUAUUGAUUAGCUCUAUAAGCAAUGCUACACAGUUGGCGAAACAUGAUGUUAUUGAUUGGACAUGCGCAAGAGGGUGGUUGAAUUUGCCUGUUGGGUUGUCGAUGGAUCAUGAGAUUUACAAGGCAGCAAAUACCCUGAGGAGUUAUUGUCAGGUGGCCAGAUUAAAUCCCGAAAAAUCUAUUCCUCAGGCAAUACUAAGAGGUGCAAAUGGGCUGGCUAUUCUGACCGUUGUGAAAGCUGGGGCACUUCUGACCUAUAAACUAGGUACUGGUCUAGUAGUUGCUCGAAAGUCAGAUGGGUCAUGGUCCGCACCGUCUGCCAUACUCUCCAUUGGUUUAGGAUGGGGUGCGCAGAUUGGUGGUGAGCUGAUGGAUUUCAUUAUCGUACUUCAUGGUUCUAAUGCUGUCAAGACAUUUAGUAGCCGCAUGCAUUUUUCCCUCGGGGCAGGUCUAAGUGCUGCAGCAGGACCUGUUGGCAGAGUCUUGGAAGCAGAUCUAAGAGCAGGGGAGAAAGGGUCCGGAAUGUGUUACACUUACAGCUGUAGCAAAGGUGCUUUUAUUGGAGUUUCAAUGGAGGGGAACUUUGUUGCAACUCGGAUGGAUGCCAACUUGCGCUUUUAUGGGGAUCCAUAUCUGACCACCACAGACAUUCUUAUGGGGACAGUAGAGAGACCGAAAGCUGCCACACCUCUCUAUGUCGCCUUGGAUGAACUGUACUUGAAGCUUCAGCAGUGUUAGCUCUUGGUGCGAUAUCUUUUUCAAAACCGUCUACUGAAUCUCUGGAUUUCUAUGUGGUUGUUCAUUAUUUGUUGAGCUUCAGUCACUUCAACUUUCGAUGGUCAAAUAUGUAAUAUAAGAGACUAGAGGUGGCAAAAUAAAGGAAAGGAGUAGUAACUGUAGGUUGGUAAUACCGCAAAAUUACUGCAAGAGAGACUGACAUUGAUUGAAUAAAUAAUAUAAUGUAGUUUUUAUUGAGCAGCAACAGAUGGCCUAUGUACAUAUUACAAAUGGAUGUACAUGUAGCAGAAUUAAAGAAUCAUUCUGUACAGUUUAAGAGCUCCCAAGAUUUUAAUUACAAAGCAGUCCAGUGA